AUGGCACCACCACAACAUAACAAGGGCAGGAAAAGAUUCGUUGAUCGUCGGGAGACAAAAUCUGCUGACAUUAAAAGAGCACUUACACAUCGUGCUCGUUUGAGAAAGAAUUAUUUCAAAUUAUUAAAACAUGAAGGACUAGAAGAACCCAGUAAGGAUAAAUCGGAUACAGAUGGAGAGAGUGAUAAUGAUGAGGAAGAAGAGGGGGAUGUGUCACAUGAAAAACAUGAGUCAAGACCAAAGCAAUCAAAGCCUACAAGCUUUGCCGAGAGAGCCGCUAUUGCUAAGCAAAGAAAAGCUGAAAAGCGAAAUGAACGAUUACAAAAAAUACAGGAGAAGCUAACCGAUGUAGCAAGACAGGAGAAAAUAAGGGAAUUAAAGAAGAAAGAAUUGAGUCAAAAAACCAAGCGUGGGCAACCAGUAAUGGGACCAAGGAUAAACAAUCUACUAGAAAAAAUCAAAAAGAAUAAUGAAUAG